GUUCUGUCCGAGUCUCGAAAGUUCAAAUCUCAUUCCAAAACCCGCACCCAACGGCAAAAAUACCACAAAAUAAACGCCCGCCCACCCCCCAAAAUAAAGGCCAGGAAGCUUCAUUUUCUUGUCUUCCAAACAAGAAACAUCCCCCAUAUAUAGUCACGUGGUUAAUCGCGAUCCAUAGCUUUGGUGAUUAACCUAUGGUGACUGGUGACUCUCUACUUACGAUCAAGAAGAUCGCCUCUCCAAAUACGAGCGAUAGCGAAAUAAGGCCCUCUCACGGCCUGUCUUAGUGAGGGGUACUCGAAGGAAGUACAGUGCCAUACAGUGCCAUACAGCGCCAACAUACAUCAUACAGUACCUUCAAACUUUUACUUCAGUACACACACAACUUCUUAUCUACUAUUACUACUACUACUACUACCCUCAAAGCCCACUGGCUGGCCUUCUCCCCCUCAAGAGGGCGCGUUGAAGAGGGCGCAUAUUAAUCUUUCGGCGCUUCGCCCCAGCGACUACUCUUGUUAGCGCCCCGUUCAGGCGCGAUUAUUAAAGUUGCCAUAUACCCUCGAUCCUUUCCCUUGCGUCGUCGCCGCGACAUUCGCAUCCUCUCUCCGACACCAGCAUAAGACUGCGCACGCGAAGUUUAGAAUACCGAGUGGCUUGCUGCCGGGUGUGGAUUGGCCUGAACCAGACACUCUGAGACCCUGAUCUCAGCCUUGAGGAGCAAACUCGCUGCUGCUGGCGAUAAAUCUGGGACAAUGACUGAAGUCAUGUCGACGACCUCGUCGCCGUCGGCUUCUCCAGCGCCAGCAUCAUUGUCGCCGAAUACAAGCCAUCCACCACUACCACCUUUAGUCACGUCGCCUCCGGCGCGGCGUUCCAACCUACAACGACCACUUUCCCAUGCGUCGAAGAAUAGGCUUUCACAAUACUCCAUAACCUCGGAUCGGCCAUCAAGGUCACGGCCUCCAUCUCACAUAUUCCCAGCCUUCCAUUCAAGCCUGCCAUAUACGACAGUGCGCGACUUUGCUUAUGGAAUACACCACCCUCUGCACUAUGGGCCACUACCCGAACCUUCGAACCCUCCCUCCGGAACCUCUACUCCCGCCAGCGAGUCAAAGCGCUUCUCGGAUCCGCCUACCUCUUGGGAUAGUCGAGGAAGCUGGGAAAUAGGAUCCCAUGUUGGCACCGGGCUGGCCAAAGGCGGAGAGCUGCCACCUAUACACUUUGGAGAUGGCCCUCCAUGGAGCGAAGACGAAGAUCUCCAGAGCCCGAUAGUCAUCAGCUCUCGUCAUAAGAAACACAAGACAUCCAACCACUCGCAUGGAAGCGGUCGCGGGCGAGGAAGGAACCGGGAAGAAGGCGAGGAGCGCAACCCCAACCUGCUCAGCCCAGAUAAUUUCGGUCAGGAUCGCAGCUUUUACGCAGGAAGCAAUGGCGACGGGAGCGAGAGAUAUUACGUGAGCAAUGGCUCGGAGGCCAACGGCCCUGGUGGUGAAAUUGUAACAGUUCCUGCUGGUCAAGCAUGGCCAGGCUCUCUUGCGCCAACUGAAAACACUGGAAGUAGGAGGGACUCUCACUUUGCUGGGAGCCUCCUGCCUAGUCGCACUUAUGCGGAUAGCAACGAGGGUCAGCAGAACCCGACCUACCAAUCUGACUCCGACGUGUCGAGCAGAUCUUCCUCUCCAAGCAGGGCGCGAGAUGAAUCCCGCUACUCCAGAGAUUACCAAUUUACGAUUGCGUCACCAGAUGAGGAGAUGCAUGGCAAGGCGGUUGCGCUGUUUGACUUUGAGCGCGAGAAUGAGAACGAGCUUCCCCUUGUUGAAGGUCAAAUUAUCUGGGUUUCCUACAGACACGGUCAAGGGUGGUUAGUGGCGGAAGACCCGAAGACUCGCGAAAGCGGCCUUGUUCCUGAGGAAUACGUGCGCCUGCUCCGCGAUAUCCAAGGUGGACUAAGCAGCCUCACAGGGCAGGUUGACGGAAUGUUCAGCCCCGGCGGGGGGGCAGAUAGCGGCACUCCCACCCAAGCAGAGCAUGGGCAGGGCUUCAGCCAGACACCUACGGCUACCAACGGAAACGGCAGUGUAGGGAAUGGGUACCAGCAACCAAUCGUCUCGACAUUCAGCACAUCGUCGAAGGAUCUCCAUCCGUACCCCCAGCACCUCCUUGGGACUACGCAAGCGGGUAUGGCUCCGCCGCAGGUGGUCCACUAUCAUGGCCAGCGUGGUGGAAGCCAGGCGAAUACACCGACGUUGGCAAACUCGCUUGAGGGCGGGCUUGGACGGAGGGACUCGGAACCUGCAGUGUCCACGACGACUAAGACAGCCAAGCCUAAAGAGAAGAAAUCUGGAGAGGAGCCGCAAGGGAGCCCUAUGGAUGAAGAUGCUUCGGAUGAAGAAUGAGAACCUUUCAAUCUGGUCAGAAAAUUUCUACAGAUGGUGCUGCUCGCAAAAGUGGUAGCUGUGGCCAUGUCUACGCAAGAUGUGGUCUGUUUGUUCCAUGUGCUCAGCUCAUCAAAGCUUUGAGAAUAUACCCUCCACCAACCCCGAGCCUUGAUUUAUUUCCGCAUCUCGCUAUUUAGCUAGCAAGCUCAUCUACUGUUACGUGCACCUUGUACCACCAUGUCUCCGAGGUCACCACAUUUCAGCACACUCGUCCAACGCACUAUAUCAACAAAAGCACUCGCGGGUAUUAUCUUGCAGGCUUUACUUUGGGGGGGGUUAUUUAAUGACGGGGCGGGGAGGAGAUGGAGGCGGCGUUUGUUUUGUUGCGUGGGGGAGAAGAGGAGUGUUACGAGAA